UACAUAUUGUUAGAGCGACUAUGUGUAUAACACUGCAAUCGCUUUUAAAGGUUUAAUUAUAAUUUAAAUAGUUCAGACUACUCGAAUUACAGGAAUAUGUGUUUUAAAGUAGCUAUGUAUUAUAAUUAGUGCUAACAUUAAAUUAUCCUCUUAGGGUCAUGCGUCAUUAUGUAUUUAAAAAAAAAGUUUUGUACUGCGGUAUUUUUGUAAUAACAUUGAUUAUACUUCUUCACCCCGAUAGAAAUGCUAGAGGGACUUAUGAAUUUAUAGCGAAAAAAUAUAUAUUGAACAAUUUACUACAAGAAACGGCACUAAACUUUUCAAGUACAGCUAUAUCAGAUUGUGAUUAUUAUGAUGUUAUUUACGAUGACACUACAUUACCAAUAAGUAUUAUUGAAGAGGAUUUAGUUGAGGGUCAUAGAAUUAAAGAAGGUGGUGAAUAUGCACCCCUUGACUGCAGACCAAAAUUUAGUACGGCAAUUGUUGUUCCCUACAGGGAGAAAGCUGAGCAGCUACGAGGAUUUCUGGUGUAUAUGCAUAUGUUCCUCCGAAGACAAAACAUCCAUUAUCGAAUCUAUGUGGUGGAGCAAGUCGACUCUCGGCCUUUUAACAGAGCCAAGCUAAUGAACAUUGGUGCUGUCGCUGCUAUGCAGGCAGGAUAUCCUUGCUUAGUCUUACAUGAUGUGGACUUGUUGCCUUUAAAACCUGCAAAUUUGUAUGCCUGUACUAAACUUCCUAGGCAUAUGUCUUCUAGCAUCAAUAAAUUUAGGUUUGUAUUACCAUAUCUCAAUCUUUUCGGAGGUGCUAUAUCAAUAGCUUCUAAACAAUUUAAGGAAGUAAAUGGAAUGAGUAAUGAGUAUUUUGGUUGGAAAGGAGAAGAUGAUGAUCUGUAUUCUAGACUUGAGACUCAUAAUCUAAAACUGACUCGUUUUGAACCAGCCACUAGUCGCUACUACAUGUCUUCACACCAGAAACAAGAAAUAAAAAAAAAGAGGAACAAUCUAUUUUAUCACACCAAAGAAAGCAUGGUCACUGAUGGACUGAAUUCUUUAAAAUACAUAGAAGUGGCAACUGUUCUUCACCCAUUGUUUACUCAUAUCAUGGUUGAUUUGUAACAUAUCUUCUUGUAUAUAAUAUUUUAUAAACAAGACACUUAAUGAAUGAAGUCUAUAUUAUGACAUUUUAAUGUAUAAUCAUUUCCAAUGGCAGGAGGAUUAAAGAUAAAGUACAACUUUGACCUUGACAUCAUUUGUUAAGAGUAUUUCUAUAUUUCAGUGUAAAUUUAAUGCUGUUUUGUUUUUAAAGGUGAGUUGUAAGGUAUUUCUGUAAAAACUACAUAAACAAGCAGAUUAUCUUCUUUACAAUGCAUUGAUAAUUUUUUUAUUCCUGUAUUAUUUUUGAGAAAAAAAAGAAUAAAAACCAAGCAAAUGGACAAUAAAACGCAAUUAUAGAGUUUAUUAAGUCACAUGCCACACUCACACACACAUAGCUAUUUUAUAAGUUAACUGCCUCUUGCUACAGGUAUAGCUCGGCUAAGAUGCCUUGAUCUAAAUUAUUUAUUUUAACUUAUAUAAAGUUCAACUAAAAAAAAAAAUAUUUUUCUGAUGACAAUACAUGUUAACCGACUUCAAAAAAAUCUCAAUUAAAUUGUAUUUAUUGGUUUUUCAGAACCAGGUAUAACUCAUUUAUUAGGUACUUAAAAUUACCAUCCACAUUUGAUUAAAAAAAACCUUAGUGUCUUUAAUUUAUUGUAUUAAUUUAUGAACUCGUAAAUUAGUUACCAUUUAUAAUUAGUCUACUAGUGCCCUCUAAGGUUAGGUAUAAAUUUUUUUUUAUAAAAUUUGCUUAACAUACCCAAAUUUUAAAUGUUACUAUGAGUGGCAAUCGAUUUUAAUAUUUUACUCAAUUUUUUUUAUUUUUUAUGUAUUAAUAUAUAUAUCCUAUGUCUAUAUCCAGUAUAUUAGUUUGUGUUAUGAUAUUAGUCAUGUAUUAUGAUUCAUAUCAUUUUAUUUUCUAUACAAUUGAAAAUAAAACCAUAAAAUAUAUAAAUAAUCUAAUAGCAUCACGAGGCUUUAUAAUCGAUUGGCUUGACUAUUAUAGUAGUAUGCUUAUACACGCAUACGCUUAUAGUUAUACGCACCCAAACUUAAAAAUUACAAAUAGACGACAAUUGGAAUAAGAGCUCUUAAGGUUAAAAUAAACCGUGUUAUUUAUAAUGAAUUCGUGAAAAUAUUGUAUUUUAAAUGUCAUCAGUGGAAGUUAGAAUUAGAAGUUUUAAAAUCAGAAACAUUGUUAUGUCUGAAGUGCAUAAUAUUACAUAGUUAUUGGUAUUGUAUGGAAUAUGUAAAUCUUAGAUUUGCUUAUCUAUAAUCCUUUUGCUGUUGGAAUAUAGUAUAGUUUGAUCUCAAAAAAGUCCUUGCCUUCUAAAAGUAUGGUAAAACAAUUAAAUUAGCUUAUUUUUGAAUUUUAAAAUAUGAAGUUCAAAAUUUUUGGCUGUUAUAUUAUGACAAAGAAUUUAAAAUGCUGAAUUACUUUAAAUAAUAGUUACUUUUACUUAGUUGUAAGAUAUUAAUGUACAUUAUAAUUAUAGAAGUUGAAAAUAUACAUCACAAAAAUUGUUAUCUAUUUGUAAUAAUGAAAAAUAGGUAGUUUCUGUUAAUUGAAAUGUUUAGUUUCUAUAAGAAUAACUUUUGUUGUACAAUUUAUCUAGUUUAGAAUUUAUUUUCAUAAUUUUAUUUCAUAAGUAUUAAUUUUAUAUCAUAAUAUAAGGUAUUCAAAAUGUAACCGUCUCAAAUUAGCAAUCUAGAUGCUUUAAUUAAUAUAAUGUUACAUGUUAAUGGUUAUUGUUCUUUACACUUGAAAAAUAGGUAAUUACUACAUAUCUUACACGUUAAUAUAAAAAAUUAGAAUACAUAGACUUUGAUUGUUCCUAGCAAAAUUAGGUUUAGAUAUGAUUCGAAUCUCAAUCAAUAAUGAAUUCGAUUUAAUUCCUGAAAUAAAAUCAAGUUGCUUAUUUAUCACUUGCUCAAUAAUUGUGUAGACAAUUGUGAUCCUAUUAGAAACUCGCUAGAUGACACCGAAUAAAAAGCUGAAGUAUA